AUGGACAUGCAAGCCUCGGUAUCAUUAACAGAAAAACUUGACAUGCGUAUCGCAAUUUUGUGCGACAAUCACUACUGGGAUAUGCGUGCUUAUAUGAUUACUAGCCUAGGCCAUGGAAUAGUCGGUCAAACUGUGGCCCGGUGUUUAUCACCUGGGGUCAAACAGCGUGGUACAGCUUCGAAUUUUAUGAGGACUGUCUCCCUUCUUGCCCAUUCCUAUCUCUCCGGGUUUCUGGUAUUGACUAUCCCUUACGACUACUACGACAAUGAAGUCCCUCAACUCGAAUAUGAUAAUCCUUACUCAUAA